AUGCCCGGCCGCAAACCCCCAUCAAACCGCCUUGACUCCUCACAAGCUUCGCCGGACCGCUACAUUUCUGGUAGCUCGUCGGCAAAGAGCUCCAAGGAGCCAGUGAAGCCAUUCAGGAGUCACGAACAACUCCGGCGAAACCUCGGCGUGCUCUCGCGGGGGUUCUUAGUGACCUCUUUCGCCCUCGCACUCCUUAUGAUCUGUCUGCGGGUGUUUUCCCGAGGGCAGCAGCUGAGCAAGUGGGAGCAGCGGCUCUUCAAUACAUUAUCUAUCCUACUCACCGCCAUCGCCAGUUUGGGUCUUGGAUCACUCUUAGGGCAUCUGGGAUCCAUGCUUAGAUGGCCCCUACUUGCCCGGACCAUGUAUCAAAUGCGGGAUGUAUGGUAGCUUACCUCCCAAGGAAAGCCCCCUGUUAACUAUUAGGAUAGGUAGACCUGAUACUGGGUAUGUCUCCACCAACUUGCUCGCUGCGGCUCAUCUGGAGACAUAUCCGAGAGUGGAGAAUAUCGCGAACCACCCUUAUUGUCACAGCAUACCUCGUCACGAAUCUGGUUGGGAGAUUGAGUGUGGCUGCUUUUGGUUUAGCUUACAACAUGACGGAUGAUGCAGGGGUUGUGGAUCCAAUCCUGAAGUCAGAUUGGGGAUCCGCUCUCUGGGCCAAUGGGAGUUUCGAAGACAAGACCAAGGCGCCCGAUUUGCAGGAAUAUGAGAGCGUAAAAGGCAAGGAUACCAGACCCCCAAGCUCUGCUGGGGAAAGGAACUACAGCUAACGUCUGUGACAAGAGUUCUUGGCUUUGGCGCGGAGUGGAUUUAUAGAAUACGCCGGGAGCACUGACUGGAGUCAUGGCGAGGAGGCUGUCUUUCGUAUUGGAGAUGACAUAAGCCCCUACCUGGAAUCCGAUCUCCAAGUAUCAAACGCUACGCUGAGAGUGGGCACGAAUACAGUUGAAUAUUCAUACCGGCUGAAGGAUUUCGAUGGAGACUAUACUACGCCAUCAAACCGUACCGUUCACUCCUCUGCAAACUGCAACUUAAUCGAGGUUGGCGAGAGCCAGUAUUGGCGUUGGGACAACGGGAACAGAACGGGACCAUUCAGUAUGUAGGACUGCUUUCACGGCUCAAUGACUAUAGUGCAAGUGCGAGUGAAGCUAAGCUUGGAUUUGGCGAGCUAGGUUGGGGUGAAGGCAAUGUUGAAGUAGUAUCUGAGAUACUACGGGUAUCUAAUGAGAGCCAGAUUAUCCGGCACUCAUCGGCCAAUUGGAUGUCGUUCCUAGACCUUUCAAAUGGAAGCCGAGUAUCUCCCGAGAUUUGUCAGUACUAUUGACCCAUGCCCAAAUCAAGGCCCCGGAAUACUAACUUCAUAAUGUCACUAGAUACUGUAUGCGAUGGGGUUGCUUGGGAAUGUUGGCCAACUCUAACGGAAACUAUCGGUGACAACGAAUACCACCAAGUCGAACCUACUGAUAGGUUCUUUCAUCCCACAGGCCUAUAUCGGCUGUUAACAGUGGGCAAUGGCAGCAAUGCCCCUGAGGAUGAUGGGCAUCGUGUGUACCUUAGCGACCUUAAAAGCUCACAGAGCUCAGCAACCGACCGCGAUGGAGCAUUCUACCUUUGCGAUGCCAAUUUUUUCAAAAACCAGAAUGAGACUAUUUGGAACGGCUACCGACUUUGGAUGGCUGGCCUAGUAGCUCGCCUACCAAUCCUCGCCAUAAUAGCGGCAAACAUUGGGCUGCCCUACUUACCACCAGGCAGCGGCACCCAGUUCGUACAUACAACCCUGGAUGUAAAUUGGCUUCGUGUUACCCUCAUCGCAGUUAGCAUCACAGGCUGUCAAAUCCUUGCAAUCCUAGCUGUCCUCGGCUACUGCAGGGGGGUAUACACACGAGACGAUAGCCACCUGGCAACCGCAGAGCUAUUGAAAACUAUUAUAACCAAAUUCGAUAACGGCAAAUUGAUGACGGGAGAUGAACUGGCAGCAUCUCUUGAUGAUGUCUUGAAAGAACGAGUUAGCUAUGGGACUAAGAGCGGUCAGGGUGGUGGCCCCCCGGAGGUGGAUCUAGCAAGCGGCCUGGACGCCAACUUCCCACGAUUCCCGCAGAAUCAAAAAUUC